GCGAGAUUAUACAAAGUACUAAAGCACGAUGUCACUGUGGGAUAUAUAUUCUACACUCAGCCAUGAGUACACAACAUAGAACUUCAUCUGCGUCAGAAAUCCAACAAUAAACUUACUCACAUAGUAUCCAUACUAGUCCCUCAAAGAUCAAUUGCGGCUCACCAAUGUUACCUUUACUGAAAUAUACCGCCGCGCUCCUCUCCACACUCCCCUAUACCCUUGCACAGACCUACACCAACUGCAACCCUCUAGAAAAGACCUGCUCGUCCGACACAGGCUCAACACAAAGCACACUACAACUUCGUCGAGAGCUGGUUAUAUUGUAUGUGUCUAGAUCCAGGAGGUGGAUGUUCUCAACUCUCCUAACUUGGCAAACAUCGCACGCCCGGGUUGGACGCCCUCGUCGCCUCUGCACCGGCGCAACCCGAAGUAUUCCCGCCUGACCCGAGGACAUGAGCCCAUUGAUGUUUUUUUAUGAAGAUGAGAAAAAGAUUAAGGGUCUUCGAGGUGGAACCGAGCAAG